ACAUUUCGCGCAAUUUAACAAUCAACGAAUGGGGUAAUCGACAGCCCUGCGCCGCCUCGCAGGCGCGCGUUCGUCCCACGCGCCCGUUUGCGUCAUUUGCAGUCAUGCUUCAUAUCAGCAGCCGUCACGCCCGAGCUCUAGGGAGCAUGCCACGCUACUCGACCACGUCGGCUCGAAACGAUCGCGUCGCGCCGCGCAUCGUUCCGCUCACGACGCUUGACGCCUACGAGGCGUGGAUCACAGCGCGUCACAAGAGACGCGUCGUCUACUUUACGGCGCACUGGAGCGGUCCCUGCACGAUUGUACGCCACACGCUGCGUGCAUUGUGUGCCUCCUAUCCGACGAUCGGAUUCGCCCAAGUCGAUGUACACGCGAUGGACGACGCAGCGAUUCUGGCCGACGUGUGUGACAUGCCAACUUUCCACUUUUAUCUCGACGGAAAGCGACAACCUGCGCUCGCGUGCACGGGCCUGCGCUGCGAGUUGCUCCAGUGCAACGUCGCCAAGCUGGCCGACGGCAAGAUCCAUUGA